UUUGUUUUGAUAUAGCUAUAUUAUGUUGAGAAGGACAAGGGGAAAAUGUGCCCAAUAAAGUCUAAAAUACGGAAAUAAAAAAAUAACAAUAUAACUCGAACAUUUUCAAGACACCUAUGGGUAUACCAGAAGAGAUAGUCUUCUCUCUCCCAGUGUUGUUGAUUGGUGCUCUUGUCUGUGGUCUUUGCUGUACAUUUUGUUGCUAUCUCAUAAGAUCAAGUAGAAGAAGUAGAGAUUUAUUAGAUUCAGAAGAUGUUGAGCAGCCUUCAAGAGAGUUUCCUCGUGGCUUGAUAAAGGUGAAAUAUAAAAGUAAAUGGCUGAAAAAAUCCACGCUCAAAGAUGAUAUGUGUACAAUAUGUUUAGAUGACUUUAAGAGUCGUGAGGAAAUCAACAUGUGCCGUUGUGGCCAUGCUUACCAUCAUAAAUGUAUUAUGAAAUGGUUGGAAAUAAGAGAAACAUGUCCUAUUUGUCAGCAUAAUGUGCAAACAAAUACAAGGUCAAGUGAGAGAACUCCUCUUCUGGGCGCUUCUAAUGUUGAUGUAUAAAUGAAUUAAUAUACUAAUAUAUUAUUAAUGGACUGCAAAAUAUAUUUGAGGAUAUUUUUAGGGACUUUAAAUAAGUGACUGUAAAAUCGGUGACCUUUCUCUUUGAUUGGCUUGUUGGAUUGAUGGUGUGGAUGGAUAUAUACCAUGGUUGUGGCAGUACCAGCACUGUGACUGUAAAAUCAGUGACCUUUCUCUGAUUGGUUUGUUGGGUUGAUGAUAUGGAUGGACAUACCAUGGUUAUGGCAGUACCAGCACUGUGACUGGAAAAUUAGUUACCUUUCUCUGUGAUUGGUUCGUUGGGUUGAUGGUAUGGAUGGACAUACCAUGAUUAUGGCAGUACCAGCAUUGUGACUGGAAAAUCAGUUACCUUUCUCUGUGAUUGGUUUGUUGGAUUGAUGGUAUGGAUGGAUACCAUGGUAGUAUAUACCAGCAAGAAUUAUUUUAGUCACGUUUUUAUCACGUGGAGGAACAACCUUGUCCACGUGGUACAACAUUGGCAUCACGUGGUCGAUUUGAAAUGCACUUGCGAUUAACAUAACAGACGCUACGAAGGAUAGUAGUACUUAGUACUGUUUCGCACUAUGAGAUAUAGUCUUUGCAAUCUAGCGAUGCAUUAUAUUAGCCGAGAGGACGUGAAUGUAAAUAUUCAGAAUUAUAGACUUUUAAUGCGUUUAUAUUUUAAUCGAUAAAUCUAAUCUAUGAAUAAAAAUUAAUUUUUAAAUAUUUGAUGGAUAAAUCACUGAAUAGAAACGUCUCUUCAGUCUCGCUUAUAAACUAAUGAAGGUGUUAGUAUCGUUAUCAUGAGGUACAUGUUGGUUUAUGGGCGUGGUUUAUCAAUAUUCAAUGCACAUUCCGCUGUGUAAUAUCUCUCUACCUUAGGCGUAAUGAUUUCAGACCACGUGUCAUUCCCUAGAGUAUAGUUCUUUUGUCUAACGGUUGCGUAUGAGAAGAAACGUAAAUAUGGAUACUGCCUCAAAGAAUCUUAUUUUCAAGGGAAUAAGUCGUAGUCUGAAGCCUGAAGGUCUGAGAUGAGGUUUAUUCACUUUCUGGUUAUUACCAAUAUUUUAGCCUUCUCUUCAAAUAACGUAAUUUCCAUAUAGAGAGUAAAGACUAAUCCAUACCACGCAGUAUUUCUGCAUGAUCGAAACGCGCGCCCUGCGCUAGUACUGUAUUCUAUGGGGCAUUUUCCCAUUUCAUUUUCAUGUCAAGUUGACACAAACAAAUUAAAAAAUACUGUUAAAACUACGCUAUCGUUUGCUUUUUUGGCAAUGAUUGGUUACCUCUUCAAAGGAUUGAUUCAUUAUAUCGACUUGCGCCGAAAACGUUUAAGCGUCUUUUACAUGGCAUUCGUGAUAUAGUUUUUAACUCAAGAACCUUGUACACAGCUGUUGAUUGAGGAGGACUGAUUCCCUAGACAUCGUAAAUAGCAACCAUAUUGAAUUUAUUUUUCAGUGCUGCUAUACUAUAUUAAGCUCCACUACAACUGUAUUUACACACUUUGUAAAAUGAAAUGUGAAUAAACCUGUUUUGUUAAAACUGUA